AUGUCGCAAACAGUAGCAGCCACCACAGAAGCUCCACAAAAGACUGCUGAGGAAUUGGAAAAGGAAGAGGAAUUACUAUUUGAAAAGGGACCACUCUCGUUAUUGUUGGAAAGUGUUCGUGAACAAACACAAAUUUUAAUUAGUUGUAGAAAUAAUAGAAAAUUGUUGGCUAGAGUUAAAGCCUUUGAUAGACACUGUAAUAUGGUAUUGGAAAAUGUACAGGAAAUGUGGACGGAACAACCAAAAAGUGGAAAGGGAAGAAAAAAGUCAAAGCCAAUCAACAAGACACGUUUCACAAACAAGUUGUUUUUGAGAGGAGAUUCUGUAAUUUUAGUGUUGAGAAAUCCAAAGAGAUGA